CGUACCGGUACCGACAAUGGCUCCAGUGGUUUCAAUCGCUGAAAUAUUCUCGUGCGAUGGCUUCACACAUGUACAGUCGUAGAGGUGCGCCAAGCGCCAAUGAUUGAAGAUUGAAUUCAUGCGAGGAAAGCAUUGCAUCGUGGAUCAAACCUGUCAUUCACUACCGUGGAAAUUACUGCGAGGACAGAAUAAAGGCUAUGUGCACCGAGCAUUGUUUGAGCGAGGAGGGACGUCACACGCAGAGCAGCUUCAAAGCCAGCGACAGCUUGGAAAAGUUUCUUCGUAGUCCACCAUGUGGGCUGGCGACUGACCAGCCUGCCGCAUGUGCAUUAUUCACAAUGCUUGUGAUUCCAGUUGUUUGCCAUCGUCUUGAGACGUUGCAACGGCGAAAGGUGCGCAAUGGUCUGAUCCCGUGGAAAUCCAAAGAUCGUGGGAUGGAAUACAAGCCGUGGUUCAAUGCCGUGGAAAAUUGAAAACUUGGAACACGUCAGCUCCAGCCAGGUUCAACAGUGACAUCAGACACUGCCACCUGACCUGUCUUUUUGGUUCCGACACCAGAACAAAUCAAAACAGCAACACUACUUUAGUGAAGGUCAUGGGAAAGGAUUUAGUUACGGAUCACAAGAAGCAGCAUUUGUCAAAACGAUGAUGAAGGUAGCCUUGAAGCCGAAAAGAGCAAGCUUUGCUCUCACUUUGCUAUGCACAGCAUGGCAAGUUUCCCACGCCUUUACGUUUGUGAAAGACUCCACCAGAAUUCUGUCGGGCAAGUCAUCUACCAAAUGGACAUCAUCUGAACUCUACCAAGCCUACAUUUUCGGAGAUGACGAUUCCAUGACCGAUGUAGAAUCAACGAUUGAGGACGCAAUGGGCAGUAGCAUUUUUUCAUCCUCGAUCCUGGUUGGUGGACCGCCCAGCAUUGUAAAGGAUCACUCCAAACUCGAAGCCGACAAGGCACUCUUGGCUCGACUUGCUGCUGCUAAUCCACCCACUGGCACGUCCAUUCAGCUGGACCAUCUAGAAGAUGUUUCAAUUCUGGAGGUACAAGAAACAUCCAUCAUGCUCAGUGCUGUUGUGCGAAACUGGGAUCAAUGUGUCACCGUUGCGGUGCCCAUUUCUUUUCCAUCGCCCUGCAGCUUGGGUAGCAGUUUUGACUUUUCCACUGACGAACAACAAGAAUUGCAACAACAACAACAAGAAGAACUCCAAGAAUGCAUUCUUAACAAUCUCCAACAACUGGACCAGCAGGCCAAGGAUGUAUUGCAACAACAAGCAGAAUUAGAAGCCAACUAUGAAGCUAUUCAGGCCUACAAGCGACAAGCGGCACAACUGCAGAGUGUGGAAGAAGUGGAUUUUCCAACCUGGUGGAUUCCACCAAGUGAUGCUAUUGAUGUGGAAUCCAAAUCGUUGAGGUCGUUAUUGAAUGAAGACGAUUUUCGGAAAGACGUCCUAUCCUUGGCCAAGUAUGGGAUUCGAUUACAGAUCCACGAGGACUAUUACUUGGUAGCGCAAGCGGGAAUUCGAUCUAUUAGCGCUACUGGGUUGAUGUUGGGAGCAUUGAUUCGAGAUCCGGAAGAUGGAGACGCGAAAAGCACUCCCUCCAACACCAUUGCAGUCGACAUUCCCAUUCCGUUUCAAAAUAAGGCAGGAGACCCCAACCAGUUGCGAGACAAUGUUUUGGAUAUGGUGGAGACUGUGGCUUGAAAGAGAGGAAAUGACGAGACAGCAAUUCACCACAAGGAAAAGAACGAAUCGAAUCGAAUCCCUCAUACUGUUUGCACUGGUUGUUGGGUCUAAUAACGGCAUGAGCCUAUUGCAGCGACGGAGGAACCAAAAGCAUAUUGCAGAGACGCAGGGACCAACCUCUAUGGGUGUCUUUAUGCAGCUGACAUCAAAGUUACCAACCAACCAGUGGCUGCAUCAGACAACGCGUGUGCCAUCACAGGUGUGAAAGGGAGCACUUCCGAUCGAAACUAGAGCUAUAGGAUCAGACCAACUAGCUAUUAAAUUUCCUUUUAUUAAAAAGAAGACUCAAUCGAUCCAGCAAGCUUACAGAAC